GGGCAGCUUAAUCUACCAACAUAUUGAACCCACACACCAUUUCCAAGUUAAAGGAGCGGAUCCACAUGACGAAGAGUCAUUUAGAAGGAAUGUGAAUGAUGUUUUUGAACGAUUGACCACGCAGUUGUCAAACAUUCCAACGAAGGAUGACCUCACUGCCGAGAUUGGAGCUAUGGAAGCAAGAUUCACAAAGAAAUUGGAAGACCUGAAAAUUAGUGUUAAAAACAUGGAAGCUAGCAUCAACGAAAAAUUGGAAGGUUUGCAAAUUGGUGUUAGAAAUCUGGAAGUAUUCGAAGAGUUGCGUAUGGAUGUGGAUCACAGAGAAAAAUUGAAGAAGGGAAGAACCCGAAGGUCAACAGAUACUCUUGACGCUGUGGCCUCCGACUACCGAUUGGGCAUAUUAGCAUCACAAGUGCGAAAGUCUGCUUAUAAUGAAACCUGCAAAUUUGUGGAGCUACUUCUGAACGUGCAGAGUGACCAGAUUGUAGCUUUGGAAGAGAUUCGGAAUGCAGGUGCAAAUGUGUCUCAAGGCGUUGCUAACAUAAUAACUGAAGUGGACAGUUUGAAGUACUACAUCAACAAUUCCUUCCCGGACUUUUACAAGAUAAAGUCCUGCAGUGACGACUCCAGUCUCUCUGAUUCAACGUUUCGUAAUCAACAAGUAAUCUGUGACAAGGAGUGGGUAAUAAUUCAAAGACGGGGUACACCCACACCGCCAGGGAAAGAGAGAACUAAUUUUGAAAGAAUUUGGGAAGUGUAUGAAAAUGGUUUUGGCAGCCUUAGCGGAGACUUCUGGCUAGGGUUGAAAACCAUUAAUAGUCUUACGGAAGAAGGAUUUACACAGCUUCGGGUGGAUCUCGAGGACUGGAAUAGGACAAAAGCGUACGCGAUGUACGACGUUUUUAAAGUCGCGAAUUCCACUGAGAAGUACAACCUAACAGUAGCCGGAUACACUGGAACUGCUGGGGAACCCUUACAUACAUUCCGCGAUUCAUUCAGUUCCCAUGAUGGACAACAGUUCAGUACGAUUGACAAUGACAACGAUAAAUCCGAAAACAGUACUUGCGCCGGGUUUUACCGGAGUGGCUGGUGGUACCGGAAAUGCUCGAAUGCCGACCUGAACUCCAUCUAUCAAAAUUCGAGCACAGUAGGGAAAUCUGGGAUAGGAUUGACCUGGAUCCACUGGAAGGGUAACAACUACUCCUUAAAGAGGGUUGAAAUGAAGGUUCGGAAACCAGCUCUACUUAUCUAGCCCAUGGUGACCCAGACUUAAGUAAACUUACGGACUACUUACUCAAUUUUCAGUUAUGAUUUUGCUUUACAAAGCUUUCAACAAAUAAAUAUUUGGGGUGAACUAUUGAGCUGUGUAUGUAUACUGAACUUGAAAAAAUGUAAAUUGUGGGAGCAUUUAUUAAGGGUUUGGUUAUGUUCGUAUCACAUAAGAAUAGUAAUGUUAUGUUGAAAAAUAGUGAAUUGGAUGCUAGCCUUGGAAGUUGGACAAUGCAUGUCGUAUGUACCUGUAUUUUUUUGCGAACUUAUGUAUGAACUUUGUAUAUUUUCUAAUGAUCUACUAAAUAAGUACAUAGUGAAUUCCCAUAUUUAUUGAUCGAUUACAUCAAUAUCAGAGGACAUUUUAACUUGAAAUAUUUAUUGUUGCAAGCUUUCGAUAUUCAUACAGAAUUUCUUCAUCAGGCAAAAAUAUAUUUUUAAACUAAAAUUCAUGUUCAUAUACGUCUUCUCCUUCAAGUUUUGUUUGAUAUCAUAUAAUUACAUACAUGGUUACACUUAUAAAUUUUUAUGUUAACUUUGAGAGUUAUUGUGUGUAUUUCCCUUAUUGUCAUCUUAAGAAUUGAAGAAUUUCAAGUGAAUUAUUUCAGACUUCAGACCUAAUAAAAAUAUCUGUCGAGCUCUGGUGUAA